CAAAAAAGUUGUUUUUUUCUUUUUCUAUUAUUAAUUUUCCGCUCAAUUAGCCCUAAACCCUUAGAACGCUCUCAAACUUUACUCACUUUUCAAAUUUUCCUCUUCUUUUUCCGGAACAAAUCCUUAACAAAAAUGGAGAGACCCGAAAUCAACGGUCCGAUUUUCCCUUCAAGCUCGGCAAGUAACGGCCGCUCCGCUAGAUCACCGGCUCCUCUUCCUCCUCUUCACCCCAACUUCAGUAGCCGAGCCGUUCAGGAAGCUUUGGAACACUUGGCAUCGAUCGACCUUAGUGAGUUAGUCAAUGAGGCGAAAAUUGAGUACUGUCGAGCAACUAGAGAUUUAAGAAGCUGUGGACGUUAUGUACAGCAUGCUUUGAACUCGUGUGGACAUGCCUCGUUAUGUGCGGAGUGUAGUCAACGGUGUGAUCUUUGUCCAAUUUGUAGAACCCCAAUAAUAAAAAGUGUUGAUAAUAGACUUCGCCUUCGCCUUCGCCUUCGCCUUUAUGAUGAGUGCAUAGAUGCUGGCCUCAUUUCUAGAAGAUGCAACGAGAGGUUUCAAGAUAAAGAAGAUAGAGAUAAUCAACUGACUGCUGAUGUUCAACGUCUUUUUUCAUUUUUUGAUGCAGCCUUGAAGAAUAACCUGGUUUCUUUGGUUUGUCAUUACGUUACAGAUAUAUGUAUGGAUGAAACUGCUGUUUCCAGUGAUGCUGUCACUGCUUUGUUGCUGGAUGAGAAGGUUAUCAAGGAUUGGGUCAAGUUGGCGUUUAAAAACAUUGCAACAGAACUUCAAGGGAUAUAUUGUCUUGAGGUCGAGGAAAUGAAAAAUAGGUUAGCUUUGCUUCUAAAGUUUUCAAUACAUCUGGCCAGCUUAUCCUGUGUGCUUGAAGUUUUGGAGUCAUCUUUCAAGGGUCGUUUUUCAGCACAACUCCAUGACUUGCACCAUCUUCAAGAGAGUAUAUUGAAGACAAAGCAGCAUCUUGAGAUCACAAUAUGGUGUAUUAGGCACCAAUUCUUGGAACAUGUGAAGUCUCGUCAUGCUAAUUUCACAUCCUGGUGUAAUCUUGUUCGUGAAAGGAAAUCAGCUGCAAUUAAGCGUGCAUGGCCGCCUGAUGCGACAGAUCACUCAGCUGACUCCAUUGGACAGUGCGGUUCUCUUUUCAUUGAAGAUGCCCUAUCAAAUCUUGACAUAGAGCAGGCAAACAACCAGGAGAUAGGAGGAGAGUCAGGUUUUGCAUUUUUGCAGAAGAAUGGAGCCUUGUCAUUUUUACAGUCUAAAAUAGAGGGAAUGACAGGAUGUUAUCCUUUUGAAAGUCUUCGAGCUGCUGUGGACAUCCUCUUUCUACGUGGUAGUUCUGAUUUGGUGAUUGCAAAGCAAGCAAUUUUUGUAUAUUACCUGUUUGAUCGGCAUUGGAGUAGGCCUGAAGAAGAAUGGAGACAUAUUGUGGAUGACUUUGCAGCCUCCUUUGGUAUAAGCAAGCAUUCAUUACUUGAAUCAUUCACUUUCUGCCUUCUGGAUGAUCACUCAGAUGAGGCUUUACUGGAAUCUCGACAACUUCUUCCAGAGAUCUCUGGUCCAGCAACUCAUCCUAAGAUUGCACGAGUUCUGUUAGAAAGGCAGGAUGCUGAUGCAGCUCAAAUGGUGUUACGUUGGUCUGGUCGUGAUACUGGAUCACAGUUGGUUUUGCUUAGUGAGGCUGUCAAUAUUGUUCGGGUGAAAGUGGAGUGUGGGCUUUUGACUGAAGCAUUUAUGUAUCAGCGAAUGCUGUGUACCAAAGUCCGAGAAAACAAGUUCAAGUAUAGAGCUAGUGGGGAUGAAUUUGAUGAUCUGAAAGUUCAAUUCAGGUCCUGGAUGGACUGGAUAGAAGUAUUGGUCACUGAAUUUUGUUGUUUAUGUAUUCGGAGGAAUUUGGUAGAUCGGAUAAUAGAGUUACCAUGGAAUGCUGAUGAGGAGAAAUAUAUCCACAAAUGCCUGUUAGAUUGUGCAACUGAUGAACCCUCAACUGCUAUUGGAAGUCUCCUUGUUGUAUUUUAUCUUCAGCGCUCUCGAUAUGUUGAGGCAUGUCAAGUCAAUGAUAAACUUUGGAGCUUGGAGCAAGACUUCAUUUCAACUCAUUCUGUCAAAGAAGAAUUUCUAGAAAUUCUAUCCAGAAUGGAAUCACGUCGUCAGAGGAGAAAGGAAUUGGUUGAUAAAGGUAUAGAAUUGCUGCCAGAAGUCCUGCAGCAACAAGUGAAGACUGGAACAUUGCCUGAUGUUGCUUCUGGUCAAGAGGAUGAAAUGCCAGCAAGAUCUUGUCUUCCUGAGUUGCAAGAACCAAAAUUAGCUGGUUUCUUGGUUCCCUCCACUUCUGAUUCUAUUGUUCUACAUCCAGACCAUGCGGCUACUCCUUUGAGACCACCAGUUUUUGAAAUUCCUAAAAUAUUGGGUGGUAACGUCCACAUUUCUCAUGUUGAACCUGGUAACCACGGAUCUGCAUCAAUUCUCCAGGGAAGGUUAUUUGGAGAUGCAGAACGAGUAUCAAGUGUUGAAGUUGGCAAAAACUUCAAAUUUGAGGACAUCUCAAGUCCUGGAAUUCAUCUUAUAAGUCCCGCUUAUGCUACACCAUUGAAAGGAAUCAGUUGGAGUUCAUCAAGAGAGCUUCCAAACAGACACCUACAAGAAAGACAAUCUGAUAAAAUCAUUUCAGAGGCUGAGCAAAAUGGGUUUGUUAACCAAGUCCGCAAUACAAGUCCUCCAUAUUCCCGAAGGGUGAAAGCUAAUCCCACAUCCACAGCUAGCAGCAACUAUGGUUUGUUUAAAGGUUCUGCAAAUAACUUGUGCUCUAAUAUUUCUGGUAAGAGGGGCCAAUCAUACGGAGAUGACAGACAUGGGAAUGUGCCUCCUACAGAAGAUUUAAUGGAUGUCUCUUGGAGCCGUGGAGAGAGUUCUUUUGAGGAUAGAAAUGCAAAUGGGGUGCUGAGAUGGAGAUCUGAUGAAACUAGUGAUGAGGAAGAGCAGAGUCCAAGCAGAACCAUAGAAGUUGGUGCAACCCCCAUGAGGGGACAUAGAAGAAGGACAUUUGCCAGAAGAUGAAUGUUCUGGAUGCCGAUGUAUUUCACCAUUCUGUCACCUGAAUAUAUUCUUAUCCUUCCCAUAACGACUCGGCAAGAAUGAGCCUGAAGCGACCCAACCCUGUAAAUUAGGGGUGAGAGUAGCAUUGCUCAUGUUGCACAGUUUUCAUUCGGGGAAAAAGGUACAACUGUCUUAUACUGGUCUAGAAUUUGCGUGUAUCUCAGAUUGAGAGGAGCUGGUUAUUGGACCAUGGUUGUCUUCUUGAUAUCAAGUUGAUGAAACUAAGAUUUUUGAUAAUUAAAGUGAUCAAUUCAUCAAGGAUCACUCAUAAUUUUUGUAUUUUGUUUUUUUAAGUGAGCUCCAAGUGCUUAAGGCACCAUUUUGAUACUUCCUAGUUUGUUGAUCUUAGUAAAAACAUUUUUAUUUGCAUGCUGAAGUAGAGAAAGAAAUUAAAAUUGAUCGAGGAUGAGCUUAUAUCUAUGUGAAAAAACUAUCUCAUUCAAU